AUGCUGCAUUCGCGGCUUCGACCCCUCCCCCGCCGCCACGCACCCCUCCAUCAGUCAUCCUCUCCAUCUUCUACCGCACCUGCGCCCGACUUCCAAGAUCAGGAUGAUCUCGAAGUAGAAGAAUCGCCCGAGGAUAUCUUCACGGCCUUUCUUCCGCAUCUUUUUCCCGAUGAUGCGCCGUCGUUCCACGGCGACCCCGGUCAACACCUGCUCUACUCGUCACCCCGCUAUGGCAACCUCGAUAUCAUGGUUCCCUCAUACCCUAGCCAGAGUGAAAAGCGAACAGAGGAGAUAGCGGCGGGACUACCGCAAGAUGGCAAAGUCAAUCAGGUUGAAGAGGGAAGGAAGCUCUUUGCCCACUUUCUCUGGAGUGCUGCUAUGGUGGUUGCGGAGGGGGUGGAGAACGCAGAUACCUCUUCAGUAGAUUCUGACACAGCAAUGUGGCAGGUCAAGGGGGAGAGUGUCCUAGAGCUUGGUGCAGGCGCCGGACUCCCCUCUCUCAUUUCUGCGCUUGCCCAAGCCUCGCGAGUCACAGUGACUGAUCACCCUGCGUCUCCGGCCUUUGCUGGUGCACUCCGAUUCAACAUGAGCCACAAUAUCCCCAAGACUAUCUCGACUGACGUUUCCAUCGAACCGCAUGAAUGGGGUGUCCUCGACGACCCCUUUGCUCUUCAGAACAAGGGAGCUUUCACCCGCAUUAUUGCUGCGGACUGCUACUGGAUGCCAUCGCAGCAUGAGAAUCUCGUACGGACCAUGUUGUGGUUUCUGGCCCCCGGGGGUCGGGUCUGGGUUGUGGCCGGAUUUCACACGGGUCGUACCAUCGUGGCUGGGUUCUUCGAGACGGCGGUGAAGAAUGGCUUGGAGAUUGAACGAAUCCACGAGCGUGACCUAAACUCGACGACAGAAGACGGGAAAGAAGUGCGGAGAGAAUGGAUGCCUGUGAGAGAGGGAGAGGCGCCGGAAAACCGAAAGAGGUGGUGUGUGGUUGCGUUACUGAAACGGGCUCAAGAAAACGAAACGUGA